AUGGCUGCGACCACUUGUACACGCUUUACGGACGAAUUCCAGCUGUACGAGGAGCUUGGCAAGGGGGCCUUUUCAGUGGUACGCCGCUGUGUCAAACUCUGCUCAGGCUUAGAGUUCGCCGCCAAAAUCAUCAACACCAAAAAACUCUCGGCCAGAGACCAUCAGAAGCUGGAGAGAGAAGCCCGCAUCUGCAGAUUGCUCAAGCACUCCAACAUCGUUCGUCUUCAUGACAGUAUCUCAGAGGAAGGCUUCCACUAUUUACUCUUUGACCUGGUGACAGGAGGGGAGCUGUUUGAGGACAUUGUGGCUAGAGAAUACUACAGUGAAGCAGAUGCCAGUCAUUGCAUCCAGCAGAUCCUGGAGGCCGUGCUCCACUGUCAUCAGAUGGGGGUGGUACAUAGAGACCUCAAGCCGGAGAACCUGCUGCUGGCCAGCAAGUGUAAGAACGCAGCAGUGAAGCUGGCUGACUUUGGACUGGCAAUCGAGGUUCAAGGAGACCAGCAGGCUUGGUUUGGCUUUGCAGGCACCCCCGGCUAUUUGUCCCCAGAGGUUCUGAGGAAGGAGGCGUAUGGCAAACCUGUGGACAUCUGGGCCUGUGGUGUGAUCCUGUACAUCCUCUUGGUUGGAUACCCUCCGUUCUGGGAUGAGGACCAGCACAAACUCUACCAGCAGAUCAAAGCUGGAGCGUAUGAUUUUCCCUCCCCAGAGUGGGAUACGGUGACUCCGGAGGCUAAAAACCUGAUCAACCAGAUGCUGACUAUCAACCCAGCCAAGAGAAUCACUGCCCAGGAGGCUCUGAAGCACCCAUGGGUCUGCCAACGCUCAACAGUGGCCUCCAUGAUGCACAGGCAGGAGACAGUGGAGUGCCUGAAGAAGUUUAACGCCAGGAGGAAACUCAAGGGGGCCAUUUUGACCACCAUGCUCGUCUCCAGGAACUUCUCUGUUGGUCGGCAGACCACAGCCCCCGCUGCCCUCAGUGCUGCAGCUAGUACCACCGCUGGCCUCGUGGAACAAGCAGCCAAGAGUCUCCUGAACAAGAAGGCUGAUGUCAAGCCCCAGACAAACAGCACGAGAAACAGCAUAGUCACCAGUCCCAAAGGCAACACCACAACUGCUGCACUGGAGCCUCAGAUUACUGUUAUCCAUAAUCCAAUAGAUGGGACCAAGGGAUCAUCGGACAGCAGCACCACGACUAUUGAGGAUGAAGAUGUGAAAGCUCGCAAACAGGAGAUCAUAAAGAUCACAGAGCAGCUGAUCGAAGCUGUCAACAACGGGGACUUUGAAGCCUACGCGAAGAUCUGCGACCCUGGCCUGACCUCGUUUGAGCCCGAGGGGCUGGGUAAUCUAGUGGAGGGAAUGGACUUCCACAGAUUUUACUUUGACAAUCUCCUCUCCAAGAACAGCAAACCCAUCCACACCACCAUCCUCAACCCCCACGUGCACAUGAUAGGAGACGAAGCCGCCUGCAUCGCGUACAUUCGUCUGACGCAGUUUGUCGACGGGCAGGGCCGGCCCCGCUCCAGCCAAUCAGAAGAGACCAGGGUGUGGCACCGCAGGGACAGUCGGUGGCAAAACGUCCACUUCCACUGCUCAGGAGCUCCUGCUGCCCCUCUGCAGGGAUAA